CACUGACAAGCCAUGGGUUCUAUGGUGUGGGCCUGCGUCACCGACUUUUUCACCUACGAGACCACCAAGUCUGUGGUGGUGAAGAGCUGGUCUGUGGGCAUCAUCAACCGGAUUGUGCAACUUCUCAUCAUAUCCUAUUUUGUCGGUUGGGUUUUCAUUCAUGAAAAAGCCUACCAGAUUAGUGACACUGGUAUAGAAUCUUCUGUUAUGACCAAAGUCAAGGGCUUUGGUUACCAUAAUGACCGAGUAAUGGACGUGGCUGACUAUGUAUCCCCUUCACAGGGUGCAUCCGUGUUCUGCAUCAUGACCAGGCUCAUCAUCACUGAGGACCAAUUCCAAGGAAGAUGUCCAGAGAGUGGGGCACAUUAUAAAUGUACUACUGAUGAAGACUGUGAGAAGCACCUUGGUUCCAUUCUUUCCAAUGGAGUUAUUACAGGCACUUGCCUUUCGUCCUUCGAUAACAGCACGGAUAACACCACGGGUUACUGUGAGAUUGAAGGAUGGUGUCCUGCAGAGAAUGACCGUAUCAAGAACGAACCCAUGCUGGAUGUGAAGAACUUCACCAUCUUCAUCAAAAACAGCAUUCGCUUCCCUCUCUUCAAUGUUACCAGAGGGAACUUUCCAUCCACGAUGACAGCCGCCCAGAUCAGGAGCUGUACCUACCACCCGGUUCACGACCCCUUAUGCCCCAUCUUUCGUGUGGGGGAUGUACUGAACUACACUGGGCAAGAUGUGAAGAACCUUGCUACCAAGGGUGGAGAAAUUGGAAUAAACAUUGUGUGGAAGUGUAACCUGGACCUGGAUAUUGAAAAAUGUGUACCCAGAUAUGCUUUUACACGACUGGACACACCGUUUGCUAAGAAUGCCGUCUCCAAGGGCUACAACUUCAGGUUUGCUAAAUAUUUCAAGACUGAGAAUGGGACAGAGUUUCGGACACUCCACAAAGCGUUUGCCAUCCGCUUUGACGUCAUGGUGACAGGCAAUGCAGGAAAGUUCAACACCAUUCCAACUCUGAUCAACCUGGUGGCUGCUGUUACCUCAGUGGGACUGGGCACAAUUCUAUGUGACAUCAUCUUACUGAACUUCUUGAAAGGAGCAGAUCAGUACAAAGCCAAGAAGUUUGAAGAGGUGUCACAGGCUCAGAUAGAAGCUUCCCUCGCUCCAAGCCCAGGUAGCGAGCUGUCACUCAAACCAGGUAUGAAGAGCUGCUAUGAUUCUGGUGCCAUUUCUCUCUCCGCUGAAUAGCUGGCUGAGCAGAACCGUAACAGUCCAGCUGAGAAGACGGACCUCCAUUUUUCUCUCUUUCACACCAUUAUUGUCUAGCAAGAGACUCCUUAAGCCUUUUUCUACCCGUCAGGAUCACGCAGACACUUUUAGCUCGGCGCCUUUACGAGUACACAAACUAGAGUUAGUUAACUGAUGAUGGACUUUAAUGCUGCUCGCGCUACAGUUUCACAACAUGUUGUGGGCAUAAGAAGAAAAUAUUUAUGAGCUUGUAAAGCGUAACAGUAACCGACUCAGUGGAGCCUCCUGGUUGCUCCCUUGAGGAACGUUACAAACGAUGAACCAGCUCCUCCACACUCAGAGGAAAACAGACUAAUUGGAGCUGUUAUUUAAUUCAGAGUUGUUAAGAUUUUAUAGCAUCCUUCCGACAUUAAAGUGUAAACCUAUAUAACCUACUGCCGUCCUGUGCGGUUUGUCAGCUGCCACCUUACUGCUGAAUCUGGCCUCUUCUACUCUCCAGGCUGCUCCGUGCGGUGGCUGAGAGAGGCCAUAACACUUCCAACUUAAGACAGCAUGAGCAAAUGCCAGAAAUCACUUACA